GAGAACUGGCCGCGGCGCGGCGCGGGCCAGGCGUGGGUGGUGCUGUUCCAUGCGGAGUGGUGCGGCCACUGCGAGGCCCUGCAGCCCGAGUAUGUCCAGCUGGCGCGGAGGCUCCAAGGCGAGGGGAUCUCGGUCGGCGCCGUGGACUGUGCGGAGCGCGCCAACCAGGGCGUGUGCAGGAGACACAACGUCAGCGGCUACCCGACGAUAGCGGCGGUCGGCUGGGCGCACCCGAAGCUCUAUCACGGCCGCCGCGAGGCUGCGCCCAUGGCCAAGUGGGCCCUGUGGGAGCUGGGGGCGGGUGGCGCCAGAGGCUCCCGGCGCUGGGACAUCUCGGAGAA